GAGAGGCAGACAGCAAGCCGGGUGGGCGGGGGUGCAGCAGCGACGUGGUGAGGUCAUAACCCUGGAUUUCCCAGAGAUGGAAGGUCAUUGCUAUGACCGCACAUGGGACGGGGAACGGGACAACUACCAGAUCGACUACCGUCGGAUCGUGGGGGACACCGAGCCGGCCAGACCCCGCCUCUCUCCCCGGGACGGGGAGCAGCAGGCCCCCCCCUACGGCCCGUACCCCCACACCAGCCCCCACAGCAUCGGCCACGAGACCGCGGCGCAGCGGUACAGCGCCACUCGGAUCCAGGCCGGAUACGAACCCGAGAGUAUGGCCGACUAUUUGAUCAGUGGAGGCACUGGCUACGUGCCAGAAGACGGACUGACAGCACAGCAACUGUUUGCUAUCGGCGAUGGACUUACAUACAACGACUUCCUGAUACUUCCUGGUUUCAUAGACUUCACCUCUGAUGAAGUGGAUCUAACCUCAGCACUGACACGCAAGAUAACGCUGAAGACUCCCCUCAUCUCAUCUCCCAUGGACACCGUUACAGAGUCCUCCAUGGCCAUCGCCAUGGCAUUGAUGGGUGGAAUUGGAAUAAUACACCAUAACUGCACGGCCGAGUUCCAGGCCAACGAAGUACGGAAAGUCAAGAAAUUCGAGCAGGGCUUCAUCACCGACCCGGUGGUGAUGAGUCCCAGACACACGGUGGGGGACGUGUUUGAGGCAAAACUGCGCCACGGAUUCUCCGGCAUCCCGGUCACAGAGACGGGGAAGAUGGGCAGCAAGCUGGUGGGCAUCGUGACCUCCAGAGAUAUCGACUUCCUGUCAGAGAAGGACCACGACCGGCCGCUGGAAGAGGCGAUGACUAAAAGAGAAGAUUUGGUCGUUGCACCGGCAGGAGUCACAUUAAAAGAGGCCAACGAUAUACUGCAACGCAGCAAAAAGGGUAAGCUGCCCAUCGUGAAUGACAGUGACGAGCUGGUGGCGAUCAUCGCUCGCACUGACCUGAAGAAGAACCGGGACUACCCGCUGGCCUCCAAAGACUCCCGCAAGCAGCUGCUCUGCGGGGCCGCUAUCGGCACCAGAGACGACGACAAGUACCGGCUGGACCUCAUCAUGCAGGCCGGGGUGGAUGUCAUAGUCCUGGACUCCUCCCAGGGGAACUCGGUGUACCAGAUCAGUAUGAUCAAUUACAUCAAACAGGAAUACCCGGAACUCCAAGUAGUGGGCGGAAACGUGGUGACGGCGGCCCAGGCGAAGAACCUGAUCGACGCCGGAGUGGACGCGCUCCGGGUGGGCAUGGGGUGCGGGUCCAUCUGCAUCACCCAGGAAGUGAUGGCGUGCGGCCGGCCUCAGGGCACGUCCGUGUACAAGGUGGCGGAGUACGCGCGGAGGUUCGGCGUGCCCGUGAUCGCCGACGGAGGCAUUCAGACCGUGGGACACGUGGUGAAGGCGCUGGCCCUGGGGGCCUCCACCGUAAUGAUGGGCUCACUGCUGGCGGCCACGACAGAAGCUCCUGGGGAGUACUUCUUCUCGGACGGCGUGCGUCUGAAGAAGUACCGUGGCAUGGGCUCCCUGGACGCCAUGGAGAAGAAUAACAGCAGCCAGAAACGCUACUUCAGUGAGGGUGAUAAAGUGAAAGUGGCCCAGGGUGUUUCAGGCUCGGUGCAGGAUAAAGGUUCCAUCCACAAGUUUGCUCCUUAUCUCAUCGCUGGUAUCCAACAUGGCUGUCAGGACAUUGGAGCCAAAAGUCUCUCCAUACUGCGGUCUAUGAUGUACUCCGGGGAACUCAAGUUUGAGAAGAGGACCAUGUCCGCCCAGGUGGAGGGUGGAGUCCACGGCCUGCACUCGUAUUCUUUUGUGCCAUGUAAUUACGAGAAGCGGCUUUACUGAUGGCCAAGGAGAGGGGAUGUGCGGCCGUCCUGCGGCGGGAAUCCCGACCUCCAACCCCCCCAGAAGGUUCAGCGUACGCAUGUGACCAUGCGGCCCACUUCCUCUUCUCCAUGUGUGUGUGGGUCUCUCUGUCUUUGUCCCUUCCUCUCACUGUCUCUAGCUCUCUUUCUCUCGUGCUCUCUCUCUCUCUUUCACUCUGUCUCCCUUUCUCUCUCUCUCUCAUGCUCUCUGUCACUCACUCUCUCUGUCUCUCUCUGUCUGUUACUUUCUCUGUCUCUCACUUGCUCGCUCUCUAUCUCUCUGUCUGUCUGUCGCUUGCACCCCCUCACACUCUCUCCCUCUCUCUCUCACACUCUCUCGCACUCUCUUUCUCUGACUCGCUGUCUCUCCACUUGACUUAUUUUCAUACCGCUCAUUCCUUCUAAUCGGGACAACACAACACCAUAGAUUAAACAUGAGAUGAGAUCAAAAUGACAGUAUGUAAAGCAUCAAACGUAUGCUCAUCGUCAUCUGGCUUUUUUUUUAGGGGUCGGAGGUUAUGUAAUGAGCGGAAGGCUCAGCAGAGAAGCUAGGGGCAGCGUGGCUUUUAGCUGCUUCUCCUCCGUUGAUCCUCCUCUGCCCGUGAAGCAGCACACAAGUGGCUUUAGAACAGACAGAGCUUACAGACAGCUGCCACGCUUCUCUGUUGAGACUUACAGUAUGAGGGGGCUCUCAGGGUGAGGAGUUAUUUUAUAGAGAGAAUUUGUGCGUGCAGUAUAUAUAUAUAUAUAUACAUUGUUUAUUGGUACACACUGAUACAUUGCUGAUGAUUUUAACAAACGGAAAUAUUGAAAUAUAUUGUGAUGCUUACAUAUCUGUUAGCCCGCAAGCUUUGUGCUGCAAGGUAUCUCUGUGGGAAAAAGUGAUAUUGGCUAUUGGUUCAGAGCCAUAAAUACAAGUUAAUGGAAUUAUGUGUACGUUUACAGCGAAUGUGUACACAGUAACACAGUUACUUCUGAAAGAAGUUUUGGCUUUCUGUGGUGUUUGUUAUGGUGUGUAUGCUAGUAGCCUUUUUUUGUAUACAUGCUACAUUAGAGAAGAAGUAAAAAAUAUAUAAUAUUCUAGUAGAAACAUGAUAGCAUAAAGCUAGCAGAUAUACAUCUAUAUGUACCCUGAGCGCCUUAUAAGUACUGUAACAUAUCCAAAUACAAAACCCAGGGCUCACACUCAGCUAGAGCUGUAGCUCCAUUCAUUCAGUUAUAGCCUCAGCAGUCCCCCAGAGAAAAAUACAGUGUUUAUACUGAUCAUACUGCAUAAUUGAUUGUUCAUUGUUAGAGAAUAUCUAUUAUAAUUAUGUUAAUUAUAAAAAUGUUAUAUACUGUAUCUAUUUUCAUAAAGCACAUCAUUCCUAAUAAUAACUUACAUGUAUACUUUUAGAUCAAAAUAUUAUGCUAUAUUACUGUAUUUUGCCUCGCUCUGAAUUCUCAUAUAUUGGCAAUAUUUAGCUGUAUCAAUUGCUGAAUGUACAAAAAUAAAGACUUCAACAUAUUUUAUUAUUUUGUAAGUGUUUUAUCAUUCACAAAUACAUUCAAAUCGUGGUUAUGUAACCAACGUGCUUAACACCAUUGUAUACUGCGAGGAGUCCUACCAGCAGAGGGCAACAUUGCUACAUUUCUGGGUACGUGAACUGUUGUGGAAGAUAAAAUGAGAAAUUGCGCUUAAUGUUUCUUAAAGUGCAAUAUUUAUAUUUAUACAGUAUAGUGUUUGAAAAACGUGAUUUUGUUUUGUAAUUUAAAAAAAAUGGAAAUACAGCUAAUAAGCAAGCCAAUAACUUCAUAUCUUGGUAUCUUAUAUGUAAAUGUGCAAAUAAACAAGGCAUGUGAAUUAAGUA